GUUAAAAUAUGGUGGCCUUCAACCCCGUACCCAGCGUCUCUCUCUCCUGUUUUGUUUUUAUUCUUUGUAAUCGGAGUCCUCCCGGCCCUAGAUGUGUGGUUGAGGCCGGAGGCGGAAUAGUAGUCGUUUUUUUUAUCCCGGUACCAUGAACAUAGUAGGUCCUCCUUGGACGGAUCUGGUGGCCUGAAACAUUUGGAUAGAGCCGCUCACAGGGGCGUCAGGCCUGUGACCUCCACAGGGUUGGGGUGGGAAGGAUUGCCGCAUCCUGGGGACUUAGUCGCAUUGAUUUGGGGAGAUUUAGGCCUCUUGGGGUGAGAUUCCUAUCCUUUCUGGACAGGUAUUCGUUGAAAAGACGUUGUGAAGAGUCUACUAGGUGUCAGUGUUGUGCUGGAGACGUCAAGGGUACAGGGGACCCAGGUGAUUUCUUGCCCUCACAGAACUAAUGUGUAAGGGGGGGCGGGGGGCGACUUAACAAACAACGAGCCUGUGAUGAGUGCUAUGCAAAGGGAAGCCCCCGGAGUUCUUGUUCCUCCACCGGAUGAUAAAGAAGGUGAUGCCAUAGAGUUCUGUCCUCCAACAGCUGAGAAAGCACCGUGAGGUCAGCUCAGCUCCCAGGGAAGUGCAGCCAGAGGAAGGAGGGCCUGCAACCCUGGUAUCUGGGCGAGGCCCCGCAGAUCGGGGGACACUGGCUCUGUCCGGAAGGAUGCCUCAGCCCGGGGAGCCCUCGAAGCGAUGGGUUAGGACUCAGUGAUGGCGAACCUAUCACAUGCGAGCUCAUUUUUUUGGUUGAUUUUUCUUUGUUAAAUGGCAUUUAAAUAUAUAAAAUAAAUAUCAAAAAUAUAAGUCUUUGUUUUACUAUGGUUGCAAAUAUCAAAAAAUUUCUAUCUGUGACACGGCACCAGAGUUAAGUUAGGGUUUUUCAAAAUGCUGACACGCCGGGCUCAAAAGGCUCUCGCCAUCACCUACCCCUUAGGUGGAUGAGGAUUGAAAUAGGGUGGCCUUGAACCCCGUAACCCGGGUAACCUAAGCAAAGAGAACAAUAUAAAGGCAUACAACGGAAAAGAACAACGCAAGUAGUGUAGUUUUGACGGCAGUGUUGUGGCAUUUAGAACACGUGAUGGCAUUCUAAAGAGCCCAGACUGUAUUUUCUACAAAGUGGUAAGAGAAAAAAAAAAAGUGUUUUCCACAGAUUACAGUUCCGUUUCACAAUCACUUACUCGGCAUCCAUAGCGGGAACCUGGGAUUGUUUGACAAUCUUGGUCUCAUCCAGAAUAAGGUAGAGUGAGGAGAGCUUUGCGCAUGACUCUCGGUCUGGAAACUACCUCUCAGUUGUUGCAAUCCCUCCUCACUUCCUUCCCUUUGGCCUUUAAGGACCAGAGGAAUAGUGACAAAUUGCAAAUGGAUUCCAAAGAUGAUCUGAAAGUACACUGGACAGAGCAUUAAAAAAUCUGAGGGAAGUGCUUUGGGGUGACCAGCAUAUCACUUAUUGGAGAGAGGUCAGUUGCUCAACAGAAUUAAACAGGAAAUUUGCUAGAAUCAAGAAUGAUGGAUCCGUGUUCAGUUGGAGUUCAGCUUCGUACCACAAAUGAGUGCCAUAAAACCUUCUAUACUCGUCAUACAGGUUUCAAGACUUUGCAAGAAUUGUCAUCAAAUGAUAUGCUUUUACUUCAACUUAGAACUGGAAUGACACUUUCUGGGAACAAUACAAUUUGCUUUCAUCAUGCAAAAAUUUACAUUGACAGAUUUGAGGAUUUGCAGAAGUCAUGUUGUGACCCCUUUAACAUCCAUAAAAAACUAGCCAAAAAAAACUUGCAUGUAAUUGACUUAGAUGAUGCCACUUUCCUGAGUGCAAAAUUUGGCAGACAGCUUGUACCUGGUUGGAAGCUUUGUCCAAAAUGCACACAGAUAAUCAAUGGAAGUGUGGAUGUUGAUUCUGAAGACCGGCAGAAAAGAAAACCUGAUUCAGAUAUACCUAGAUCAGCGAUUUUCAACCUUUCAUCUCAUAGCAUACAUAAAGUAAUUUCUAAAGUUCUGUGGCACGCCAAAAAAGAUAUAUUUUUGGCCAAUGGACAAAAUACACAGGGAAGAACUGCUAAAGCUUUGAAAUCAUUACAGUUUGCAAAUCCAGGAAAGCAAACUGAAUUUCCUCCAGAAACUGGUAAGAGAGAAAAAAGAAGGCUUACAAAAAGUGUAACCUCCAGUUCAGACAGACAAGUGAUACCAGCCAAGAGUAAGGUCUAUGAUAGCCAGGGUCUCCUGAUUUUCAGUGGAAUGGACCUCUGUGACUGCCUGGAUGAAGAUUGCUUAGGGUGUUUCUAUGCUUGUCCUGCCUGUGGUUCCACCAAAUGUGGAGCUGAAUGCCGCUGUGACCGCAAGUGGCUCUAUGAGCAAAUCGAAAUUGAAGGGGGAGAAAUAAUUCAUAACAAACAUGCCGGAUAAUUUGUAGCAUUUCAUUAUGGGAUCUUUAAAGUACUUUCUCUAUUUCUAAAAUUCUGUCAUUCUCAAAUGCAUUUUAAAGUUGAUUGCCAAAUGACAAAAAUUUGAAAACUACCUUAACAUGCACUCAACCAGCGCUAAUAUUGUGAAUUUAUUUCAGCAGCCACUUAGAGCCUAUCUGGGCCAAUGUAAACAAGUAAGGCAUAAGCACUCCUCAAUUUGCACAAUUCACAAAGCCACAAAUUCCGAUAACAAUGAUUUAGUUGAAUAACACCAGUUCCCUAACAGUACAGUUCAAAUUUCAGUUUCCAGGAUAUAUUAACCAUGAGUAAAGUACAUGAAGUAGUCACUGUGAAUAACAGAUGUAUUUUAUGAUCAGUGGCCAAUCACAUUACUUCUCAAAUUCUGCUGGAGGUUGGUCACUGCACAUCUGUUAAUCAGUCCACUUUCAGACAGCAAAGCAUACAGGUAUAUUUCCUUGCCCCACAUGUGACAUUUUAUAAAAGUAGGUAAUGGAAAGAAUGGGCAAAUAAAUUAAAAGUGAUAAUGCCAGACAGAAUUGAGAUUCGAGGUGAACGUUAAUGGAGUUGUAGAAGUCGCUGAUCAUGGGCAUGUUGACAGUGCUGCUUUUCAACCUAGAGCCUCUGGAUAUGCAGCCAGAGAAAUUUAGUGGCAGCAAACUUCCCAACAUAAAUGAGGAAAGGUUUUGUCCCCGAGGAAGUGAUGUUAGAAACUUCACAUUAAAGGAAAUUGCAGAAAUAUUUUACGACAUUCAAAGUACAAAUGCUGAAAUAUGGAAACUAAUCCAAAUUUAAAGGAGAAUGACAAUUUGCUAUGGUAUAAGUUACUGGACAAAAAAAAGCAAGCACUGUUUAAAUGACUAGAUUAAUUUUUUACAAUGAAAGAACAUGAAUUCUCAAUCUUUCUAAUGUUUUAAAUUACAGUGUACUAAAUACUUUUAUAAUUUUUCCAUUUACAUUUUAACUGAACAGAACAAGUAUCAUUUUCCUCAUUGAUUAUUAACAAAGAUUGGCCAUUUUUUUAUGAUCCCAUACUAUCAUGCAAGGCAAGAACUGCCUGUAACUGAGAAAAGUGCCUACUUUAGGAAAAAUUAAUUUUGAUGCAGUGGUUGAGUGCUAAACUGUUUUUGGAAUAAUCCACAUACCUGUACUAAAAUAUGCCAUUUCUUCUCCCCACUUAAACUCUUCAAAUAAAUGUUUUAAUACUGUAAACCUUUCAUUGUUUAGACCAUGCUUUCUUGCUGAAAAUGUGUUCUUUGUCGCAAAAAUCUUAUUUCUGUAUUUAAAGCAAAAAUAUACAUAAGUAUAUAAAUAGAUGUUGAUUGCAAUUAGAGGACUAAAAAAAGACUCCUUAAGGGAAUAAUAAUAACAAAUAGAGAAACACUGGUUGAGACUAUAAAUUAUUUGGAAAUUGAAACUUGAUGUUGGGAUUUGUAUGGGUGUUGUUUGGAGGAUGGAGGUGGGUGAUAACUUCUCUCUGCCCUUUAUUUUUUUAAAACAUAAAAAAAUAUGUUUUAAAAUACCUGUUCUAAAUCUUUCAUUAUCUAGGAUACUGCCACUAAUCUAGAUUUUUGUCUUGUCUUCCCUAAAUAUAGUACUUUAGUUGAAUCAGAUGAGCUUAAAACAACUUGAGAUAUUUUUUAGCCAUUGAAACUAUAAAUUUAUACAACCAGUUUUAUUGACCAAUAGAGAUUUAUUUUUAUUUUUGUACACUCUUAGUAUCUCUUUACUUUGUUGGAAUGCCAUUUUCAACCAUGAAAUUAACAGUCAUUUUUAAGAUAUAAUUGUUCACUGACCUAGUUAUCAAAAGUACAGUUAAUUCCUUCAUUUAAACGUUUCAACAGCACUGGCAAAAAGAAUAUUUUAGCUUCAUAUGCUUAAAUAGCUAAAUUUUCUUAAAUUAAGGAAAUAUGUUCUUAUAAAGGACUUAAACAUAGACUCCAAUUUUGUCUGAACUUCCAGGAUCAUUAGACCUUCUUAAUUGCAUUUCUGCCAUCAUUUCUUAGAGACUCUGUUUAAAACGAAUAUCUUUUCAACAGAAUACAUGACUUUAAAAAAUUCAAAUAUUUUAAUUUCAGCAUUACUUAGUAGAACACUUUUGUGUUAUUUUCAAAGAUAGUAAGUUUUUCAAGGGAAAAUUUUUUGGAGAACAAUUAUCAAUUAUGCUAAUGUUUCUUUAUUGUGCCUAUUUAGGAGACCAAGUUUUUAACGAGCAUGCUAAAGGUUUGUAGAGAACGAUAUAUCUGAUUUUUAUCACAAGUCCACUUACUGUUUUUUAAUUUCAGAAAUACAGAAAACAAUAAAAUUGUCUAGACCCUUUUAACAUUUUGCGGAUGAUUCAAGGUGGCUAAAUUGUUUUAGAAUGCUAUUACUCUUUUAAAAAGCAAAAAUAAAAGUUCAGUAACAUUUAACUUCUGCUGUAUGUGGCUCCUGGUGGAGAAGUUAAUAUGAGACCACAAACAUUGAUCUUACACAAUGUUUUGGCCACAAAUGUUAAAAGUAAAAAUGUGUGUAUACUUUAUAUUUGAAUAAAAUAAAUGGCAUCCCAUGUGA